CACACAUCGGUGGCGACGGUACAAACGGCACGACACCCGCGGUGCCUCCUCGACGUCAACUCUCUGCGCGUGACACCGGAACGCGAGGCACUGCGCGCACGUGCGCGGGACGGACUUGAACCUUGGAUCUGAUACCUCUUCACACGAACUUGGGAUCGAUACGAGCCAGAUCGCCUAAGACCUAGGAACGCUUAUCCAAGAUCUGGGAAUUCGUGUCCAAAGUUAUGUGCUUUGUACAUUGUUGGGACCGCUCAAUAGUUUCGCGCCUUGUAAGCGGCGGGAUAUGGCUGGACCCUCGCCUCUCACAGUCCCAGAAGUUCAACAUUAUUAGGCACUACAGAAUUGGAGACCUCUGCUCUAGUACUUGAGAAUUCUCGUCCUGGAUCUGGAACCUCAUGAUCCUUGCACCUCCAUUCUAGGACUUGAACACUCCACGACCAAGAGUCCUUUCACCGAUGUCACCCCGUAUGUACCCGAUAGUUCGAUGGGACCUGUCGUGUAGGACGUGGACCUCUCAUUUGGGAACCAUGAAAUCUAUCCUCCAGGAUCAGAGAACUCAUCUCUCGGGAGCUGUUAACAACACUAGUCUCUGGAUUCUCCACCACUCACCCCGGACCUGAGCUCACCCCUUCUAGCCGGGAACCAGGGCCGCUGCUUCCGAGCUCAUAAAAGCCGCCCAUCACCUCUCCAACAUCUCCCGGGCCUGAGCUGGACAGCGGAGCUACAAAGCACCUGGGCCGCCGCUUCCCCCCGUCCAGGAACCGAACCAGAAUCCUCCUCCUCACUGCUUCUUCCUCCCUCUUCACUACAUCAGCAGCCGUGGUUUCAACCACCUCCGAACACGGGCAUGUUGGCUUCAGCAUCCAUAUGGCAUGGAGCAACAUGAACUUCCGCCAGCGGAUGGGCUGGGUGUGCCUGGGUCUCUACAUGCUGGCCAGCCUAGCGCUGGCACACUACAUGUUCGACGUGAGCGACUCUUACGGGGCCCUUGCCCUGGACCGCGUGGCCUCCGAGUCCGGCGCCCGCGCAAGAGGCAGACUCACGUGGCUCAGGGACGCUCUGCUGUCGGCGCCGCUCGCGCUGUGGGUGGCGCUGCUCCUCUUUGUCUACCUCCAGGUGUUUUGCUUCUUGGUGUCGUGCACCCGAACCGAGCCCAAGAAGGUCGGCUACUGCCUCUUCCCGCUCUGCCUGCUCGUGCUGCUGAGGCCACGGCAGCCACGCUUGAAGACGUAUGCACACGCCGACAAUGGUGUGCAAGUCAUUAAUAUGUGAGGACGCUUUUGAGUACCGUGUGUGUGUACCGGCUAUAGGUGCUUGCUUACCACCACAAUAGUAUGUUAAUGCUAUACGGGGGAUCUUUGUUAUCGCCUAACCAUCUGAGCGGGGAUAGGGUGGCCGCGAUGGGCCAUUGAAGGCUCAGUUGGACGCACGAGUUCCUUGUGCGAAAGAAAAUAAUUGUACAGUUCUUUAUUGUGAACACCUGAAUUUGGGGGAUCUAUUCCACAAUGAAAAACAGAUGGACCAAGGCCCAUGAUUCUUGUAAUUGCCUGUUGCUGUGAUAGGUGUAUUCGUAUAAACACUAUCAAAAGAUACAUUUUUUAUUUGUGACCCUUUUUUUGGACAUAUCACUGCUUGGGUCGGGAUUGUAAUUUAUAGAGAUGUACUAUGUUUCAUGUUUGUUUAAGGUGGCUUUGGGGAAAAUAGAUUAUUUUCAGAACAUGGCUUCACGUAAGAGUAUAUUAUUGGAGAGCUUGAAUUUGAUGGUGGAUUUUUGUAUUAUUGACUUUGAAUACUGUGCAUUUUACCCUGUUUAAUAAAUUAUCAACCAAUUUUAUUAAAAAUUCAAACUUUGAAAAAUAUGCCGUAUAAUUAUUACAAAUUAUGGUUUCUAACAAACUCUAGUUACACACUAGCUUUUACAAAUCUGGUAUUUGUACAAGCAUUACCAUAAAUGUGGUGAUUCAGCAAUAUUGCACACUUCAAUUUGGACAUCAUCUCAUGAGUUUGCAGUUCUCCUAAUUGCACCUCCUAAAUGUCUUUGAGGAUCAAUAUAUUUGUAUAGGAUGAAAAAAUGUACCAUUUUCACUCCAAAAUGUAUGGACACCAGGCCUCCUAAAUAGGAUUUUUUUAUUUAUUUUUCCCUUGAACAAUUUAUUUUUUCUUUUGUUUUCUUUAAUGAUUUAUGUAAAAAAAAUGUGAAUUUCAAUUUGUAUUAAUUUCUAAAAGUGCCUUCUAUAAAUGGUUGUAAUAUAUUUGUGUUAAGGAUAUCAUUUGUACGUGUGAUACCCAUGGUAACGUGUGCACAAGAGCAGGUGUUGGAAUAUUGCUGUAAUGUCUGGAUUAUAAAACAUUAUACGACACACCUCAAGAGCUGGGAUGCGUCGUAUAAUCUGUUAGGUACGUGUGUGCUUUUGAUCAAGUUUGUAUAACCGUAUUGACACCCGGCAUAAUUUUUUGGGAUGUCUUACUUUAAGAAGUGUCUUACAAUCUGGAGGAUAUGGUAAAUUGCUUUAACAUAAUAUAAUGUGGAGUUAUACCUUUUUUGUUUGGCAUUUAUUUUCAUCCAAUAUACGAAUAUGAUACAUUGUAUCACCACUGCAUGAUGGGAAGUAUAAUAAGAGUUUUUGGUGUAUUUUACCCUUGGUUUUAUAUGACACAUAAAACUGGGAUAUCUUUUAUGUAUGUGUAUAAAUGGCAUAAUGAACAAAUUGCAUGACAGUAUACAGGAUCUGUUUUUUGGCCAGUGUUGACUACACGAGACUUGGGUUAAAGUUGAUUGUCAGUGACUCGGAGUUUGAUGCUGCGCUAUUCUAUACUUACAAAUGCAUAAGGUAACUUUGGGUUGCAUGUUAAAUGGCAUAAUCCGGGGUGAAACCUCGUGGUCUCUUCGUGGUUUUUCUUUUGUUCAUAAUUGUAUUCUGUGGAGCUGUUGGCAAAGAAACAUUUUGGACAGUGUAACUUCAACCAAAUUAAGUAAUUCAGGUAACAUCUAUGUAAAAUUGCACUUUUUCCAUCUUUUGUACAUACGGUGUACAUAUUUCUAUCCUCCGCCAUAUUUCCAAGCCCUAGCGAUUACAAGGAUAUGUUACAAUUGCUUUUUAAUUGCAAAUACCAGUCACUGCAAGGUUAAAGAGCUAAUUAAGAUACUGUACAUACAUUCAAUUUGAAUGUUUCUUCAUUGAGGUGGAAUAAAAGUGAUUCACAAUA